AUGAAGAGGCUUAAAGCAGAUGGAGUUGGGCUAGAAAAAGACCCAAUAUCUAUCAAUGAUGAGGAACAACUAUGGGCUAAACAGCUACUUGGAGAGAGCUCACCCCAUGUACUACUAGACACCAUAGUGUUCAUGUGUGGGAUGUACUUUGCAUUAAGAAGUAGGAAAGAACAUAGGGAUUUAAAAUUCGACCUAAUAAAAGUACUUUUGAUUGACGGAAAGAAGUGUAUCCAAUACACAGAGAACUGCUAUAAAAAUAACCCUGGUGGCUUAAAACAUCAAAAAAUAGAACCAAAAGUUGUUACCCAUUACGAAAAUAUAUCUGAUCCUUUGCGUUGCUUUGUUAAGCUAUUGGAAGUGUACUAUAGUCGGUGUCCACCACCAGAACAAAGGAAAACAGAUUUGUUUUACCUAACACCGAUUGCAAAACCAAAAGGAACGUUCUGGUUCUCCGCUAUUCCUGUAGGGCAGAACACAUCGAAAACAGUAAGCAGAUUACGUAAAGCUGCUGGAAUAGAGGGAUAUAAGACUAAUUACUCACUCAGAGUGACGACAGCUACUCAAUUGUUCCAGGCCGGAAUCGAUGAGCAGAUUUAUUGUCACGAUAACAAGUACAACACAUUGAUACAAACUGUUUCAAGAGCAUCUCUCAAAAACAUUAGUUUUUAUCCUGCGUCUCGUAGGCAAAGAUUAAGACAGUGGGCCAAACAAUGUACUGAAAUUGCUGCUGGAACUUCAUCUCUUAUUCGCGUCGCAAGUCCAUGUCGUACUCCCUGGAUAUAA